ACACCUUACACAAAGGAAAUGUAGUGUGUUACACAAAAAACACAGCGUGCACUGGAGUGGUGGCUUGAUUCACGCAUUUGGGAGGGAGUGUAAGUUCCCUUUGCACUGCUGAGAUUUGUCUCCAGUUACCAAAUGCCUGGAAUUAAUCAAGUGUAGCUGCAGCUUUCAUGCUAACUUCCUUGGAGAAAGGGCUGACAAGAAAGCCAUCUUCCUAACCCGAACUGGGGUUCUGGCUUUAAAGGCAUGGAGAUCCAGGGAAGUUGUCCAUGGUGAGCCCAAGGCAAGCUCUCAUCUCCAAUCCAUGCUGUGCUUCAGCCUCCCUAAGUCACUGUGUAGUGAAGGUGCUUCUUCGCACACAGGCUGAUAAAAUAAUGAGAUGCUUUCUCCAGUUGCUCUCCCUGCUUUGGCCUUAGCUAGGAAUAUGGAGAAAUUUUUUUUGUCAGAUAUUAAGUAUUUGAAAACCUUGCUUCUAGUCCUCUAGCUUUAAAUAUUAUGUCUUUUGGGAUUCUGCUAAAACCACACCCCACCUUUUCGCAAAAGGCCCAAGGUAAAAAACUUCACGCUCGCCUUGGAAAAGCGCCGGCUUUCAGCGUGAAAGCUGGGACUGUUCCUUUAAACACAACCCCAAUAUGUCUGGGUAUUUCAGCACAUAUGGGCCACGAUGGUUAAACCCUACCCAGCUGGUCCGGCCGUUCUGCCGCGCAGCUCCGUCUUUGUUCGUGCCUCAAAGGGAGGGUGGUGAGAGACGGAGCAAGCUGUGAGUGCCGCGGGUUGCCAUGCUGCAAGGGCGGGCUGCGGCCGAGCGGGAGGAGCGGGGCAUGUCCCGCCCGAGGGGACAGGGGCUUUGCGAGACAUUCUCCACGGGGGAGAUGAUGUCCUUGGAAGCAGGAACUCGAAGGAGCCUUUAAACCGCCCGCAGGCACUUUGUUCUCUAUUUUCUGCCCUUCUCUCCCUUCCCCCUCCCGCCUUUUGUUGUUUCUCAGGCUGGCUCUAACACGAGUCCCCUCAUCCCAACCAUCCCCCAUGGGGACAGCCCCUUUCAGAGGAUGGCGUGGAUUCCUGCAAACGCAGGGAUGUGGAGUGGAAAGGCUCUGGUGCAGAAUCCUCCUUGCCAAGGGAAGAUGAGUGGUUUCCUUCCCUCUGGAGGCCCAGAACCACCCCUGGUGGCAGUUCCAUGGGGAAAUGGUGUCGGUGCUGUUGGUGACUGGGGCAUCUCUGGAGCUGGGGGUGUGUGAGCUCGGGUGGCCGAUGCCCAGCCAGGGCAGGGGCUCACAUCCUGCCUCUCCUGCCAGGCAGGGGGGUGCUGGUGGGACGCUCCUGGUCUCUGGCUGCCCCCAGGAAGCCCCUGCCACCCGUGCAGCACUGUGCAGGGCAGAGGGGCUUUGCUUCGCUUCCUUUUUUCUUCCUCAUGUGCAGCCUAAAUACCUUCUUAAUUUCAUCUCAUUAUUUCCUGCCUAAAUAAUUCCCGUUUCUCCUGGGGACCGUUUUUAAACCUUUGAUCUUCUCUGAAGUCUCACAGUCCUGAUCACGUCCUUUCUGUUUAAAUGAAUCAAAUGCCUUUUUGACUCAUGAUUUAUAAAUUUGCCCACAGAGGAACAGAGGCGCACCUUGAAAUCACCCACCCUGUCUGUGACUGGAGCAGAAGUACCCUGGGCUGAUCCAGAGCACUUUCCAGCCAGACCUCUGUGCCUGGCUCCUCUGCUUCCCUGCUGCAUGUCACUCUCCCCCUGCCUCCCUCCACGCUCCCACCCGACUCUUCAGCUGACAGCCGGGUUGCCUGGGCUCAGGCCCAGCCUGGAAUGGCCAUCCCCGGGUCAGGAGAAGGGUGAAUGUGCCGGUGGUUGAUGGAUGCUGUCCCCAGGGAGCGGGGCACAGCUGCUGUGCUGCACGGCCUGGCCCCCCAUCUCCCGGGGAUUGCUGAUGCAGAGCACAGCUAAGGGCAGGGAGAGGAGCAGCUGUGCAGGGACCGGGCUCCUGGGCACUGGCUUGGUGCUGAGGCAGUGGUGGAAAGGCUGGAAGACAGUGGGUGUUGGCCAGGAUGGAUGUGAUGAGGAUGAACAUGUUGCUCCAUAGUGCAGCGACGCAGAAGUCGGGGAGCACUUUGUUCCUGAGCCCAGGGGAUGGUGGCUGGGAGGGCUGAGCACUCCUCCUGAAUGAACCAUUGUGGCAAUGGAAAAUACCCAGGAGAGGCCCCUGUGCCAUGGCCACACCUCGCCUGCAUCUUUGCUGUGUGGGCCCACACUUGUUGACAAGGACAGACCUCCUCUCCAAGCCAUUAGGGAAGCAGCUAAUUAAGCUCUGUAAUGUUCCUGGGAGGUCAGCAGGAGAUGUGCCAGCGUUGCAGCAUCUCCCAGAGCCUGCACUGGGGCAGGAUCUUCCCACAGUGCCCAGGGACAGAGCUGCCCUGCUCCUCCUCAUUCCAUUGUGCUCUUAGCCCUGGUGCUGGUGUGGUGACACAGUGCUCAGUGCCCCGGGGCAGAACCCAACGUUCCCUGCCUCAGCUGGGCUUAGGAUGGAGGGCUCCUGGCUGGGAUGUCCCACAGCUCCCAGCAGCCCUCGGCAUGGCUCCAGCAAGGCUGGGUAGAGGGGAGAGAGCCUGUACAAAUAUUAUUGUUGUUGUUAUUCCCCAUAAAUAUAUGCAGGCACUUAACGACCUUGGCAUGGAGCAUUUCCUGGGGAUUCAUGACCAGUGGGUGUUAAUGGUCUUUAGCUGCACCUCAGGCCAUCAGCUCCUCCCAGCCCAUCAUUAAUCCACAGGAAAUGUCUCGGGCAUCGAUCCUCAUUGCUUAAUUAAUAAAUGCAACUUGUCUCCUGCCUGAGAUUUAGAGAUACUCACUGCUUCUCUCCCUGCUGCUUUGAAGGUGACUUUUUUAGCACAGGUCCCUCACGCUGGGAGGCCCUCGUGGGAUUUUGUUUCCUGGCAUUCAUGUGGGUGUGGGCUGUGGCAGCAGGAAAGUCUUUUCUCUCCCGGGUGGGAGGGAAGGAACUGAGCUGCUGUUGGGUUUGGGGUUUCUCCAGCUAAUGUGGCACAGCACAAGGAGCACAUCUUUCCCACCAAACCCAAAGGCUGGCUUACCUUCAGCUGAGUGCAUCCAAGAGCCCGGGCGAGAAGUAGCGUGAGCCAGCAUGGAAGAACGUGGCAAUUCUCCAAGGCCUUAGCAGGUUCUAUAAUAAUCGAUGUUUUUUGCCCAUGAGUCACAAUUCAUCUCUAAUCUUCCUCGGGGGAGGUGGGAUUUGCUAUCUUUAGUGCUCACGACUGCUGCUUUCCCGGGCUGAGCAUCCCGCUGAGCCUGGACUCCUGCUGCAGGGAUGCUGACCUGGCAGCCGGCUGCCUUUCCAUCCUGCUCCCUGUUUCUCUAGCCCUCACCACCAGCUGGCUUUGUGCAGUGGGUGCCGCAGUAUAAAUCAUGUUAAUUCCUGAGAUGCUUUUCCGCGAUAGACAGCUCCAAAAGGAUGCUCAGGCACUGGUGAGGGGAGAUUUGCCUGCUGGAGGAUGGGGUGCGCAGGGCUGGGCUGUCUGGCAGCGCUGGCCGUGCUCUGCAGGGCUCUUGGGGAUGCUCCCAGCAGAGGCAUCAAAUGUGGGGGAGUACUUUCAGCACCCUCUGGCAAUUUCUCCAGCCCCAACUUCCCAGGGCUGUAUCCCUACGAGACGGAGUGCACGUGGCUCAUCGUGGUGGCCGAGGGCUCCUCCGUCCUGCUCUCCUUCAGCCACUUCGAGCUGGAGUACCACGACACCUGUGCCUACGACUACCUCCAGGUCUACAACGGGGCUGCCCGGGACCGGGGCAACCUCCUGGGCACCUUCUGUGGCCACAGCCGCCCGCCACCCUUCUCCUCCGCCUGGCACGUCAUGGCCGUGGUCUUCCGCUCUGACCGGCACGUGGCCAAGCACGGCUUCGCCGCUGCCUACAGGAAAGGUAGCAGGGACGUGUGGUGGUCACUGAGCAUCCAUCCAUCUCUCCUCUCCCACUGCCCUCAUCAUCCUUGCCUCCUUGCAGACGCCUGUGGAGGGCAGCUGACGGGGCUCUCUGGGGAGAUCACCAGCCCCCGCUACCCCGAGAGUUACCCCAACGAUGCUGAGUGCCGCUGGAGCAUCGGGGGGGCCAGCGGCGGGGGCCCCCUCACCCUGGUGUUCGCUGACUUCCAGAUGGAGGGGGGCCAAGGCUGUGGCUUUGACUACGUGGCCCUUUUCGAUGGCCCCACUGUCACUGCCCCCAGCCUGGGACGUUACUGCGGCAGCGCCCGCCCGCCCCGCACCGUCUCCUCCACCCCAAACCUCCUCAUCAUCUUCAAGUCGGACUUCAACAUCGGUGGCAGGGGCUUCAAGGCCCAUUUCUACUCAGGCGAGUGCCAGGAGGUGUUCACCACCAUCAAAGGGAAUUUCUCCAGCCCUCAGUACCCCAACUUCUACCCCAACAACCUCAAGUGCCAGUGGAGCAUCCAGCUGCCCCCGGGCUACCGGGUCAAGAUCUUCUUCCUGGACAUGGAGCUGGAGGGCCGGAGCAGCCUGACGGGUGGCUGUGACUAUGAUCACUUGUCUGCCUUUGAUGGUGGCACUGAGAAUGGAUCCCUGCUGGGCCGGUGGUGCGGGCGGGAGAGCCUGGCACCCGUCACCUCCCGCAGCAACCGGCUGCUCCUGGUCCUCCACACCGACCGCAACACGGCCAAGAGGGGCUUCUCCAUCUCCUACGUGGGAGUUGUGCCCAUGAAUGUCAGCUGCACCCGGACAGACUUCCACAUCCAGAUCCCUGUGCAGUCCCUGGCCCAUUUGGAGAGGAAUAGGAUUUAUUUGGGGACCCCCUCCUGUGCAGCCCAGGUGGUUGGCAGGAACUUUAAAAUACACACCAGGUUCGACACCUGUGGCACUGAAUCCCAGAGACGCAACAACACGUCUGUCGUCGUCAGCACCCUCUACAUUGAUUUUUCAGUGGGAGACCAGGAGGACAUCCACCAGUACGAGGUGCAGUGUGAGCCAAAGAGGAAAGAAGCCUCAGUGACCCUUAUUGCUGGCCCUGAUCCAUCCAGGCUCAGCCAGGCAGAAAACCUGGUGGAUGCCCAGAAGUGGGAGGGGGAAGCGAUCGAUGCCCGUGAAAUCAAGAGCCAGGACACCAGCGACAUCGUCUUCAUCAGCAUCUGCAUCCUGGCUGGGCUCCUCAUGGUCAUCGCGGUGGUGGGGCUGGUGCUUCUGUAGGAUGCUCCUUCCAGACUCCAGGGAUUGCAGUCCCAGUCCUGCCCAGGGCAGAAAGGCACCCCGAAAUCCACCCUCAUCCCAGGCUGAACCCUAACACAGCUGCCCAGACAGAGACACAGAUCCAAGGCCCUGAAACUAAGCCUGAACCCAACCUCCACCUUCUCUUAGUGCCUGAAAAAUCUGGGCAAUAGGCAGCCGUUUCCCUUCCCAAUUUGUUUUCCUCUGUUUCAAUCUGUCCAUUUGGCUCAGGAAUGCAAUUCUUGUGCUCCCUAACUCUUCCCGCACCUGCUUCAAUUUGUUUUCCCUGUAGUGCUGCUGCUUUCAGGAAAGAAACGUUGUUUGCCGAUGGCUGCAAAUCUUCCUGUCAAUUAUUUCUAGCUGAAUUCUUGGAGGUACAAACCUCCCCCAAAUGUAGCUAUAUUCCCAACAAAUGUUCUCCCUGCUCCCAGGCCAUGCUUGGGGGGGACUGUGGCGCUGUGUUACAGGGAUCUCCACCUGGCACACACAGAUGUGUGCUCAUGUAGGUGCUCCCAGGUGAUGUUUCUGGGUGUCUGUGGGUGAUGUGGUGAGAUGCAUUUGUUGUGCCCUGGAGCUCCUUGUUUGAUCUUCUCAUGUUGUCUCACCUUCUCACAGGACUCACCUGAGCGCCUCAGCCACCAGCAGCUGGAGAGGAGGAGAACAAUCCUCUUCUCCUCUGUGUUUUCCUUCUUUCCAGCAUAUCCAGGUAUCCACGGCUGUAAACUCUCUACCAGCAUUACUCCUGAAGUUUGAAAAUAUGGGCAAAUCCUGCUAUGGCUUGGGGAGAUGUUGGAGUGCAGAGGUUUUGGUGACCCUGUAAAGGCAGCCUUGGCAGGAGGGGCUGGCUCCCCUGGGACCUCAGUGACACCAGAUCUCCACUCGUGGUCCCUGCAGAAGGUGAGUUCAGCACCUGAGAACAUGAAAAGAAGAGUCCUUUGAUCAUCUGCCCCUCCAGAAAACUGGGGAUCCUCGCCAAGAGCCCUGAUGGAUGGCUGAAUGACCUCUGCCUGCCUCUUGUGCCACGCCAGCACAAAGGACAUUCCCCUUCAGCAUCAAAGAGGGGGUGGCUGUCACAGAGCAGCCUGUGCUCAUCCCUGUGGGUCAGAGCCAGCGUGUGUCAAAGCCACAUGAAAUCUUGCUAUGGAAGGAGGCCACCCCUCCUCCUCCUCCAGCCUUUGUGAAACACACUGCAGUGAGAGAGAGAUCCUAAAGUAUCCCAGUGUGGUCAUUCAGGGGCACAGCACACCCUUCAUGCUGUUGAAUCCAGCAUUCAGCAGGGACUGGUAGGAGAGUCCCAUCGGUGAAAGGCUGCCCUGACUGAUGUCCUGCUUCCCUCUGGGACAGCUCUGUUCAUCAGGGCAUCGGAGGAAGCAGCAGCAAAGGAAUAGGAUGAUGAUGGAGCAGCUUUUCCUCCUGGAUUGCACCAGCCCUGAGAGAGUGUCUGGGGAGGGAAGAAGGCACAGGGCUGCGCAUGCCUCCUAACGAGGAGCCUUCGUUAUCAGAGCCCGGAUUGAUUUGGCGUUUGUUGGUGCAACACAUCGGCAAAUGCGAGAUUUCCGAGGGAAAUAUUUGCCAGCACUGUUAAGCUCCAUUAAGGGAAUGUUUUGAGAGCCUGUUGUGUGCAGAGAUGGUAAACAAGGCCAGCCUCCCCCGCUGCUUGCAAAGCCUCACUGCCGGUUAAUUGCUGGGUACAGAACUGUCAGCUUGAGACCAUAGUUACAAGAUUUGACAACUGAAAGAAACUUAAAGAUAUAAUUAACCUUCUUGGUGGCCCAGAUUUUGCUGAAACAGGUGAGCACUGCGGCUGCUGGUGCCUGGCAGGGAGCCUGCAGCACCCAGCAGCAUCCAGCCCUUGCCUGCAGGACAGGCACUCCUUGUCCAGCUGGAGCCUCCAGAACCCUGUGAUUUGCAGGGAAAAAGGCUUUUCUGGAUAGAUUUUGGUGUUGCAUUCAAAUAAGGAGCUGGACCUGGUCACCCUAGGGAGGGUUUCCAGCUCUGGCUCCAGUUCACAGCCACCCAAGCACCCCUGGGUGAAGUGCUCCCCUGCACACAUCCCUGUGGAUGCAGGACUGCUGCUGUGGGAGCAGCUCUGCUCCUGAGUCAAGGGGAUCCCCAGCAGCCCCAGGCCUGCAGGGUGUUAUCCAGAGGUCAUGGACAGGAUGAUUAAUGCAACUUGAAUGGCUCCAAAAGCCCUUUACCCACUUGUUUCUGAUGGCAUUCACUGCUGCAUUUGCCAUCAGCAGUGAGCUGCUCGAGCCAGUCAUCUCACUCAGAGUGAGGAAAGCCUCUGGUGCUCACCAGACACCAGCCCUCCUCAGUCUCCAGUCCUCCUCCACCACGUCUCAGCCUCAACACUAGAUUUAGGCAUCCAGUCUCUCCCUGCCUUGCAGGAAUUUGCUCUCUGGCAUCCCCUGUUAAACCAGGUCUUCCCUGACGGCUGGGGAUGGAGCCCAGCAGGGGAGGGGAACUGCCCAGGUAAUUUCCUGGAAAAAACCCUUCUCAUGCAAAAGCUGCUCAGAUGAGUGGCAAACAGAUAUCAGGAAUCCCUCACCAGCACUCCUUCCCUCCACCAUGUCCGUGGUCCUCACACAUCAGGCCUCAGUUCCCCUCCUUAGCCUUUGCCCGGUGCUUCCCGAGCAAGCAGGGGAGCGGCGGGCACGGGCAGUGCUCCCGUGGCUCAUCUAAUUAUUUAUUUAGAGAACGAUGGCUGGAUUGAGCCGGGCUGGGUGCAGCCUCCCCGUUUCCUGGCUUUGCUUUUAGACCUGGAGUCGUGUCUCUCUGAAGCAAAGGCUUGGCUGUUGUGCAGGAGGGAGAGCCUCUGUUAUCCCUCUGCAAACGUCCGCCUGCAAAUCCAGGGAAGAACUGUUGGAAAAUUGUAGAUCACAGAAAACAGGACUGCAAGAGCCCCCAGGGGAUGAAUUGGUUCAUUCCUCUCCUUCCCUGGGGAGAUUGCUCGUACUGGAGAGAAGCUGUGCUAAAAUAUCCAAAAAAUCUCAGCCACGCUCUCUGUGUUUUCUGUAUUUACCAGGAAGGUUUUCCUGAUGUGUCACACUGUGAGGGUGUGCUGCAGGGGGAUGUGCUGCUGCACUAGACAAGAGAAUGAUGGUGGAAGUGCCCCAAAAUGGGCACUGCUCCCUCUGCCCAGAGACCUGGCAUCCCCCUGGGGAGCCCAGCAAGCACAGGGUGUUGUGAUCCACCCCUUCCCAGGCAAUUUAUUCUAUGUAAUGUUCACUGGAAGUUUUCUGUGGUGACAGCCACGGUCCUCCAUGGGUGGACCUUCCCCCACUGCUCUGCUCAGAGGGUUAUUUGAGUCUUUUCAGUUGUUAUACUCUAAUCCCAGUCUGGGAAUGGGGUGCUUGUGAUUUCCAGGGAGCCAGUGCUGGAGCUGAGCCCAUGACUGAGGAUGCCGGUGGUGUGCAUCCUCUGCAUCCUCUCCUCAAACAUUUUUGGGUAAUUUUGCAGGGACUGGCCCUCGGGCAAGCACAAGGGCAGUUCAUGGGCUGGAGCAGGGGCAGGUUUGCUGCUCCUCAGGGUGGUUUUCUUGGGGGUUGGUGUGUCAGGCCAGGAGGCCACCAGCCACUCGUGCCAUCGAGCAGUCAUGGCUCCCCAGGAGCAUGGCAGGAAUGGGUCAGUGGAUGUGGUUUGUGCUGGGAAGGAUGGAGCUCACAGGUACCUGCUGGAGACCCUGGCCACAGUGACACAGAGCCUGCCACGAGGGUGUCCCUGCUUUGAGGACCCAGGUACCUGCUGGAGACCUGGCCCCAGUGACACAGAACCUGCCACGAGGGUUUCCCUGCUUUGGGGACCCAGGUACCUGCUGGAGACCCUGGCCACAGUGACACAGAGCCUGCCACGAGGGUGUCCCUGCCUUGGGGACCCAGGUACCUGCUGGAGACCCUGGCCAUAGUGGCACAGAUGAGGAGGCAGUAGUGAGGCAGCCCAGCCAUCUGGGAAAACAUAAUGGAUCAAGCAUAUGGACAAUUAAAAAUGCAAUGACAGCAUUUAGCAGGAGUUGUUUUCCAAGCUUAUUUUCAGCCCAGUUUCCUGAUCAUCACAGCCCCAGGGACAGUGAGGCCCUGCUCCUGGGGAUUUUGCUGUGUGGAGGCUGAGUGCUCCAUGAGGGGUGGGACAGCUCACAUCUGGAUUUUGAGCUCACAGUCAUGCCUUUGUGGCAGCUUUGGGGGUACACAUUUGAUCCUGCCUUCUCCCUCUGGCUGGCUCUGCAUGUUGCAGCCCUCCUCCCCUUCUUCUUCCCUGUCUCUGGGACAGGAUGCAGUGUUUGCAACGUGAACAUUCCAGCUCAGGCAAAAUAUUGGCCACAGCAGAAAUGAUUUUGGCUUUUGUAUUUUUCUUGCCAUUGGGGCUGGCUGUGCUAGAGGAACUGUGUUUGUCCAUUACAGGA